AUGGCAUCUCUCCGCACAAGUGCACGAUGUGCACGCUCGAUAUUUGCCGCCUCGCGACCAGCUUUCAGAACACAGAUGCGUACUAUGGCAUCGGUCCAAAGUCAAACAGCCGUCGACAGUCCUACCAUUUCACCAUCUCGUCCUGUCGAACCUGCUUCUAAGACAUCUACUGUCAAGGAACCUGAAACCGAUUCUAACUCUUUGAUCAAGACAUUCCACAUCUACCGAUGGAAUCCAGAUGAGCCAGCUAGCAAGCCCCGCAUGCAAUCAUAUACUUUGGACCUCAACAAGACUGGACCCAUGAUGUUGGAUGCGCUCAUUAGAAUUAAGAACGAAGUCGACCCUACUCUUACAUUCCGAAGAUCUUGCAGAGAAGGUAUCUGCGGUAGCUGUGCAAUGAACAUCGACGGAGUAAACACACUGGCUUGUUUGUGCCGCAUUCCUAGAGACGCCAAGCACGAGACCAAGAUCUACCCACUACCCCACACCUAUGUCGUCAAGGACAUUGUUCCUGAUUUGACCCAAUUUUAUAAGCAAUACAAGUCGAUUAAGCCAUAUCUUCAACACACUGAUCCAGCACCAGGAGGAAAGGAAUAUUUGCAAUCUAAGGAGGAACGUAAGAAGCUUGAUGGUCUUUAUGAGUGCAUUCUUUGCGCAUGUUGUUCGACAUCUUGCCCCUCCUACUGGUGGAACAGUGAAGAGUACUUGGGACCAGCUAUCUUAUUGCAAAGUUACAGAUGGCUCGCAGAUUCUCGUGAUCAGAAGAAGGAAGAGCGUAAGGCAGCUUUGGACAACAGCAUGAGUUUGUACAGAUGUCACACAAUUCUCAACUGCUCGAGAACAUGUCCCAAGGGAUUGAAUCCAGGUUUGGCGAUUGCGGAGAUCAAGAAGGAAAUGGCUUUUUAA